AUGGAAUCUUGGCUGAAGAAUAUUUUGAUUCUUGCUGCUUUUUGUUGUGGUAUGAUUGAUAACUAUUAUUUUAUUUAUUUGCUUACUGACAUUGCAUAAAUGAUCCCUUUCUGUUGUCAUGUAAAAUAGAGAAAGUUGCAGACUCUAUAUGCUCCCAAUGAUUUCAUGGGUAUAAAUCAUCAAAAACACCCUUUCUUUUUUCAACUUAUUUUUUAUUUCUCUCCAGAAUGCAGAGGAGACAGUGUGUCACAGCCAAUAGGAGUUGAGACUGCUACCGAAGGAGGACAAAUAACACUUACCUGUCAUUACAAAGCAGACGAUCCAGGUCCAUAUCUAUUCUGGUACAAACAGCGAGCUAACGACUACCCCAAGUAUAUGCUUAUGCGGCAAAAAUUUGGAACGGGAGACAAUGCUACUGAGUUCAAGGAGAGAUUUCAUGAUGAUCUAGAUGCCAACUCCAAAUCAGUCCCCUUGAUGAUCCAGAGGGUGCAGAUGUCUGACUCUGCUGUGUACUACUGUGCUCUGAAGCCCACUGUGACAACAGGAUAUACAGCCCCCUUACAAAAACUAUCGUUUUUUCAUGUGCCCAUAGAAACAUACAGUACCAAUGAAAAGUUGCGACCAAAGCACAAUAUGUAUUUUAAUAUACUUUAUGUACAAUAGUAGACCUGAAUUAGAUACUCUGUAGGCUGCAUGGGUUAGGGUUAUAAUAGAAUUAUAAUAGAAUAUGUGUAUGUUUUUAAACUAUUUUCUUUCAGAUAAAUUAAUCAUACUCACUUCAUACAACAUUUAAGUCAUUGUCAAUUCCUCUAGGGUAUUUUCCGUUUCAUGUGAGCUAGACAUGUAGGCUUUACACUUUGUCUAUUGUACUGCAAAAGAGUGCUAAUAUAAAAUUGAUGAGGAAAUAUUGACCCAUAGAUUUCCAGUCAAUCUUACCCCUCUCUGAACAGGCUCCUCCUUCAUGUCUGUCAGUUGAUGGUGAUAUACAGGCUGAGAUGGACAUGGAAGAGAGAGAAAGGAUCUCUACCUCUUACUGUAACUCACAGUCACUCUCUUUGUGUUCUGCAUAACCAUGGUACUCUGUCUGAUCAUCUGGCUGGUUCUUGCUGUAUUGCAAUUUGGUAUGAUGGAACUUUUUCUCUCAUUGCUGUCUGACUCUGCUGUGUACUACUGUGCCCUGCAGCCAACAGUGUCAGGAAACCUGUGCACACUGUACAAAAACCUAAAACGGAAUAAAACUGACGUCCCCUAGACAUCAACUCAUUUUGAAUUUCAUAAUUACCGUGUAUAGACAAAACAUACUCUACAUACACUGAAAAUGAGCAAAAACAUUUUUUUCGAUAAACAAUAAAAAAUAAAAAAUAAAUGUUGAAUGUAAAAGUGACAGAAACUCAUUAAGGCUAUCUGAUUGUGUUGCUGAUUUAUACUUCAUAUUUUAGAUUAAAAUAGGAAAACAAAAUAAACUGUGAAUGAAUGAAUUGCCUCAUUUUGAACAAAUUAAUAUCUUGCAUCAAGCAAUGUGUACCCUAUGACAUCACUGUAACUCCGUUAUCCUAAAAUCAAGAAAAUACAUGGAGAUAAAUAACACAGUUUUAUCCAAUAUCUAACAGAGGGAGACUAAGGUAAUCAUAUUUCAGUGCAGCCCUGCAUUUUGAGGAUGUGACAGUGGCAUCAAGCAGCAGCAAGAAGUCUGCUGUUACUUCUGCUCAUCUGACAACUCUCUGUAUUUUGGGGUGGGGCUUCAAAGGUUUGAGAAGAGGUGGUCCAUUCAAAACUAUACGUUUUUUAGUAUACACAAAUCUUGUUGUGUUGUGUGUUAUCAUUUUAACUUCCAGUUUCAGCCACAAUGUCAACCCCCACAUUUAUUUUGCUUUUAGGACUUGCAUGUAAGUAAUCAACUAUAAUUAGUCAAUUUUUUGUGCCGUUAUUUUGAAUCUAAACUAAGUGUUGAUGAGUUGAAAAUAGAUCUAUAACAGAGUAAUAAUAGAAGAAUAACAUAUUUUGCAUCUCUUGCAGGUGACAGUAAUGGUCAGACCUGCUUAUCCUGGAAAUCUUAUCCUGCUUUUCAUGGAUGGUGCUGGUUCUACAUCACGGGCUCCAGGUCUGGAUCCACGACUGUCAGUCAAUCUAAAUGAUGAGAAGAACCGUGUGGAUCUGAAGAUCUCCUCUGCUGAAGUGACAGACUCUGCUCUGAGGCCCACAGCGACAGGAAACCCAAACACACUUUACAACAAAUGUACAGAAGCAGGGGAUAACAAUGCUUGUUGUGAACUGUUUCAGAUCUAAUUAUUAUCUGUCAGUUCCAACUCAGGUUGACAACACCUUAACACUUAACGAAGUCCACAGUAUCAAUCAAUACCAUUUAAAUCAACAAGAUAUACAGUAUAACUCCCUAUCUUCUAUAGAGGGCCUCAACUCAGCACUACAUAAACCUCUAUUUCUCUGAGCAGGUGACUCCUCCUCCUGACAGUGGAGGUAGUUGCAUUGCAAGACAGACAGACAGCAGCCAUACAUUACAUAUACAUUUUAGAAUGAUUUUUUUGUUCUCCAGAAAAUCACAUUGUAGGAUUUUCUAUGAAUAUAUUUGCAAAUUAUGGUGGAAAAUAAGUAUUUGGUCAAUAACAAAAGUUUCUCAAUACUUUGUUAUAUACCCUUUGUUGGCAAUGACACAGGUCAAACGUUUUCUGUAAGUCUUCACAAGGUUUUCACACACUGUUGCUGGUAUUUUGGCCCAUUACUCCAUGCAGAUCUCCUCUAGAGCAGUGAUGUUUUGGGGCUGUCGCUGGGCAACACGGACUUUCAACUCCCUCCAAAGAUUUUCUAUGUGGUUGAGAUCUGGAGACUGGCUAGGCCACUCCAGGACCUUGAAAUGCUUCUUACGAAGCCACUCCUUCGUUGCCCGGGCGGUGUGUUUGGGAUCAUUGUCAUGCUGAAAGACCCAGCCACGUUUCAUCUUCAAUGCCCUUGCUGAUGGAAGGUUUUCACUCAAAAUCUCAUGAUACAUGGCCCCAUUCAUUCUUUCCUUUACACGGAUCAGUCGUCCUGGUCCCUUUGCAGAAAAACAGCCCCAAAGCAUGAUGUUUCCACCCCCAUGAUUCACAGUAGGUAUGGUGUUCUUUGGAUGCAACUCAGCAUUAUUUGUCCUCCAAACACGACAAGUUGAGUUUUUACCUAAAAGUUCUAUUUUGGUUUCAUCUGACCAUAUGACAUUCUCCCAAUCCUCUUCUGGAUCAUCCAAAUGCACUCUAGCAAACUUCAGACAGGCCUGGACAUGUACUGGCUUAAGCAGGGGGACACGUCUGGCACUGCAGGAUUUGAGUCCCUGGCAACGUAGUGUGUUACUGAUGGUAGGCUUUGUUACUUUGGUCCCAGCUCUCUGCAGGUCAUUCACUAGGUCCCCCCGUGUGGUUCUGGGAUUUUUGCUCACCUUUCUUGUGAUCAUUUUGACCCCACGGGGUGAGAUCUUGCGUGGAGCCCCAGAUCGAGGGAGAUUAUCAGUGGUCUCGUAUGUCUUCCAUUUCCUAAUAAUUGCUCCCACUGUUGAUUUCUUCAAACCAAGCUGCUUACCUAUUGCAGAUUCAGUCUUCCCAGCCUAGUGCAGGUCUACAAUUUUGUUUCUGGUGUCCUUUGACAGCUCUUUGGUCUUGGCCAUAGUGGAGUUUGGAGUGUGACUCUUUGAGGUUGUGGACAGGUGUAUUUUAUACUGAUAACAAGUUCAAACAGGUGCCAUUAAGACAGGUAACGAGUGGAGGACAGAGGAGCCUCUUAAAGAAGAAGUUACAGGUCUGUGAGAGCCAGAAAUCUUGCUUGUUUGUAGGUGACCAAAUACUUAUUUUCCACCAUAAUUUGCAAAUAAAUCAUUAAAAAUCCUACAAUGUGAUUUUCUGGAUUCUUUUUUCUCGAUUUGUCUGUCAUAGUUGACGUGUACCUAUGAUGAAAAUUACAGGCCUCUCUCAUAUUUUUAAGUGGGAGAACAUGCACAAUUGGUGGCUGACUAAAUACUUUUUUUCCCCACUGUAGCUUGGAUGCUUGACUGUCAUUGUGAGGUCAGAACUUUCGGAUCAACCCUACUCAUUGGCCAGAGCAUCCAGUGUACGCUCUGAAUGUGAAACGCUCUGAAUUUACAAUGGACAAUCUGACAGCACAGUUGCAGUCACCAACACUCUGGAUAACAUGACAGCCUAACCAGCUCUGCUAGGGCGAGUAAUGUUCAGUGAGCUGUUCUCUCUCACUUAGAUGUCUGGAAGUAGCUAGCAAGUUAGUACAGAACGCUCGGAUCAACCCUUAAAGAGAUGAGUGGGGCUAAAACUUAAGAGGGUGUGAACGAUGCUGAAUGGGUGUAGACAGAGAAGAGCCCUCCAAUAGUAGUACCAAAACAUUCAAAGGCCAUUUUCUCAGAAGUGAGUUUACAAGUUUAUCAACUUUCAAAGCAAAAUUACUUUCCCAUUGUUCCUCAACUGUAGUGUAUGAGAUACAAUUUUGUAGCUCAUAGUCUCUAAUUUCAUCCAAUGUAAAAAACACAAUUACACAAAUGUUGCUACAUUAGACUGUUUUGAGCCGGUUGGUCACAUAUGGUAUUAUCAAUAUCAAGUGGUAAUACACUUUUAAACACCAAGUGUGGAUAUACUGCUGUCAACAUUGACUCUGUAAUCCAUGUUGUUCUUUUUUACAGGUACAAGUGUUGAAGACAUAAUUACUCCAGACAGUGAUGUAGUGGAUGUUAUGGAGGGUAGUAGUGUUAAACUCUCAUAUAGAUACAACAGCUCAGUAACCAACAGUAUGUUAUGGUACUGCCAGCACCCUGGAUCCUCUCCACAGUUCCUCAUACUCGACUACUCUGGGAUGAUAACCAACACCGAUAGUACAAAAUGGACCCUCACACAUGAAAAGGAGGACAACCAUGUGGAUCUGGAGAUCUCCUCUGCUGAAGUGACAGACUCUGCUCUGGACUACUGUGCUCAGCCCACAGUGACAGGAAACCCAGAAAAAAGUAUAAGUUAAAUGAAAUAAAAUACGAAAAACUGCAACAAUUGCACUGUAUUCAUUUCAAGCUUUUUUCUUCAUAAUGCUGUAUAACAUAAAUGGAGUAGUAUUGUUAAAAAUAAAUGAAUGAAUCAAUCCUACGAUGUACAUUAAACAAGGAUUGCAUGGUACACACAUAAACUAACUAACAUAAACUAAACUUAAUUUGUAAGUCGCUCUGGAUAAGAGCAUCUGCUAAAUGACGUAAAUGUAAUAAACAAAUUUGGUUAUUCACCACCCCCUGUCUUUGGCAGUAGAUGACGCUACAACCUUUUCUCCAAUAAUUAAGACUGAAAGAUUGCUUCAGAGAGAGAUAUUCAACUCUGCCUGUGUUGUGUCAGAGUCUUUUUGCUACAUUUACAUUUUAGUCAUUUAGCAGACGCUCUUAUCCAGAGCGACUUACAGUUAGUGAAUACAUUUUUUUUUUUUAUACUGGCCCCCGUGGGAAACGAACCCACAACCCUGGCAUUGCAAACACCAUGCUCAAUCAACUGAGCUACAUCCCUGCCGGCCAUUCCCUCCCCUACCCUGGACGAAUUGUGCGCCACCCAUGAGUCACCCGGUCGCGGCCGGCUGCGACAGAGCCUGGAUUCGAACCAGGAUCUCUAGUGGCACAGUUAACACUGCGAUGCAGUGCCUUAGACCACUGCGCCACUCAGGAGACACCGUAUCUAUCAGCUAUGAUGCUGCCUUCAUCAUUUCUCCUCCUCUCAAUCCUUGUUGGUGAGUGUUGUAUUCAAUUUCAUCAUUUUAAUUCCAACUCCAGAAUAUAUUUAAUAGUUGUCAAAAAAGCUAUCAACAGCAACAUGUUUUUCCAUUUCUGACAGGUGUCAGUUUUGAAGAUGACAUUAAUCCCACUAGGUCUAUGGUAGGUGUUGUGGAGGGUGAUUCCAUCACACUAUCCUGCAGCUACACUGGCUCUGUAAACAAUCUACAGUGGUAUCAUCAGUAUCCUAGGUCUAAGCCAGAGUUCCUGAUUCUCAUCACUAAAUCAGGAUAUGUCCAGAAACCUGUCCCUCUUCACCUGUCAUCUCAGGUUCAUACUGACCGUGUGGAUCUGGAUAUCUCCUCUGCUGAAGUGACAGUCUCUGCCCUGUACUACUGUGCUGUGAAGUCCACAGUGACAGGAAACAUAACUUGAUCAUACAAAAAGCAGACAAGACACCCAGAUGAGGGAUAAAGGCUUUGUGUUUGAAUUGAACUUCAUCCUUAUCAACAGUGAAAAAAUAUUAAACCAUUCUUAUUAUAAGGUUUAUUUGUUCAUAUGGUAUAGCAUGGUAUAGCAUUGACAAAACGAAAACAAACAAACAAUAGCAUUCCCUAGACAUUUCCAGAUAGAAAUUAAGUCUAAAAUAAACUGAGGAGGAGGCCAAUAGGAAUUGAAAACCCUUAACCACAAACAACAGAAAAAGAUUUACAUAUCCAGUUAUCAGAGGAGGAGCCUCAUAGUCAAACACUGGUAUAGGCUGGGUAUACCUGCAACCAUGAGGAUGUCUCUGUAGAGGAUCUACUCAGCUCUCUCACUGUCUUAUCUCUCAGUUGGUUUAUCUAGUCUGUGUCAGGAUGUCACUCAUAUUACUGUUGCUCCUCUCUGUGUUUGUAGGUGAGUGCUGAAUUCUCAUCUUCAACCAAAUAACAUUUUGAAUACAGUGAUAUUGCUUUUUUCAUUGAAUGAUGCAUUAAACAUUAAGUGAUAUUUUACUGGAAAGUUUAAAUUAUUUCUCUUGUUGCACUUUAUGGGCACCUAAUCCAUGCAUUUUUUCUCAUUUGGAAUAAACAUGAACACAAUGACAAUACUUAUGUUGUUGCAGCUGAUAGUAUGGAGCAGGAAACAAUAACUCCAGUGAAGCCUGAAGUCAAUGUUCUCCAAGGAACAGACAUCACUCUCUCCUGCAUCUACAAGGGCAAUGUUAACUAUCUCCAAUGGUACCGUCAAUACCCCGGAUCUAAACCAGAAUGUCUUCUUUUGAUCCUACAAAGCAGCAUUUUUGUACAGAAUACAUCCAAUAAGACUCCACGACACACUGGUAGACUCAAUGAAGAGAAGACCCUUGUGGAUUUAAAGAUCACCUCUGCUGAACUGGAAGACCCAGACACACUGUACAAAAACCUGUCAAGUGCCUUGGGAAGAAACCAAUGAGAAGGGGAGGAGCUACAGUAAGCAGAAAUAAAGUAAGAUACAUCAAGGCAACAGAGGAGUAAAUAUUCAGAGAUAGCCAAGAUUAUGUUUCUGUAUGCAGUACUACUGCUAUGCAUAUUUGUAGGUACUAAGUACGUAGAGGGAUUGAUAGAUUCUGGAGCAGCAGGUAAUUUUAUCGAUCACCAGCUAGUACAAGAGCUUGACAUUGAUCUAACACCUGUCACCCCUCCCUUAAGGAUUAACACCCUGGACGGGCAGCCAUUGGGCUUGGGCUUCAUUACGCACCUGACACAGAGCGUCACCCUCCAGAUUGGAGUCUUCCACACCAAAACCAUUCAACUCAUGGAACUCUCAUCCCCCAAACAGCCACUCAUCCUCAGACACCCGUGGCUUUGUUGUCAUGACCCUGCCGUCUUCUACCUGCUUCACCAGUUGUCUCAGCCUACCCUGCAGAGCCACUACCAUUGAGGACUCUGCCUCUGCAGUACUACCCACCAUACCAUCUGAAUACGCCCAGUACAGCAAUGUCAUCAGCAAAAUCAAGGCCUCCACUCUGCCACCACAUCACCCAAGGGACUGUGCUAUUGACUAACUCCCUGGAGUGUCCCCACCGAAGGGUUGUGUUUACCACCUAUCUAUGGAGGAAAAUGAGGCAAUGGAGAACUACAUUGAUGACGCAUUCGAAAAUGGUUUAAUUCAUCCUUCUUCUUCCCCGGCUGCGUCAAGCUUCUUCUUCGUUGGGAAAAAGGACGAUGGUCUCCGUCCAUGUAUUGAUUACCGUUGACCCUGAAUGACAUCACGGUCAAGAACCGUUUCCCUCUUCCUCUGAUUCCAACGACCCUUGAUCUAUACAAAAGUCGACCUGCAAAGUGCAUAUAACCUUGUCCGUAUACGCGAAGGCGACGAAUGGAAGACGGCCUUUAUCACAGCGCGAGGACACUACGAAUACCUGGUCAUGCCCUACGGCCUUACUAACGCCCCCGCUAUCUUCCAAUCCUUUAUGAACAAGGUUUUCCAGGAUAUAAUCAACUGCUUUCUCAUUGUCUACAUUGAUGACAUCCUGAUUUACACCCACUCCCUGAAGGAACACCUACAGCACGUACAAAAGUAUCUUCAAUGGCUCAUUGACCAUAACCUUUAUGUGAAGACUGAAAAGAGCACCUUCCAUGUAACCUCGGUAAACUUCCUCGGUUUUCCUACUGACACCUUGAGGGGUCAGCAUGGAUGAGAACAAAGUCACUGCCGUCAGUAACUAGCCCAAAUCCACCACGUUAUGGAACUCCAACGUUUCAUUGGGUUCUCCAACUUCUAUCUCCGGUUCAUUCAGAACUUCAGUUCUACUGCUGCUCCCCUCAUUGCCCUUACCAGCCAUAAGACCCGGACCCUUCAAUGGACUGAUACCGCCCUGACUGCUUUCAACAACUUGAAAUGCCUCUUUACCUCAGCUCCUUUUCUUUCACCAACCUGAUCCGACCCUUCCUUUCACUCUGGAGGUGGAUGCCUCCGAAGUAGGUGUAGGAGCCACACUCUCUCAGCGGGUGGGAACACCUCCAAAAUCACAUCCCUGUGCCUUCUUCUCCAGGAAGUUAUCCUCCGCUGAGAGGAAUUACGAUGUGGGGAACAGAGAACUCCUUGCCAUCAAGCUGGCCCUUGAGAAGUGGCGGCACCUGAUGGAGGGCGCUCAACAUCCCUUUCUCGUCCUAACAGAUAAUUGUAAUCUGGAAAAUAUAAGACAAGCCCACUGGGCUCUCUUCUUCACACGCUUCCAUUUUCAUGUUACUUACAUACAUGGAAAGAAAAAUGGAAAAGCUGAUGCUCUCUCCCGCCAGUUUGACCUUCCAACCAGUAACUCAGACCCUACACCCAUUCUUCCUUUCUCUUGCAUUAUGGGACCGGUACUGUGGGAGGUUCACUCUGCCAUACAAGAAGCCAUAACCUCAGACCCGGCUCCUCCUGAGACACCAGCUGGGAAGAGUUACGUACCAGCAGCUGUUAGACCCCAACUGAUACAAUGGUGUCACGCGUCCUUGGGGUCAGGACAUCCGGGCAUUACACAAACCACUGAACUUCUAGCCCGUAAAUUCUGGUGGUCCUCACUGGCAUCCAACGUAAGGGAUUACAUACUCUCCUGUCCAGUCUGCGCCCAAACCAAAAGCCCUCGUCAUCUCACUUCCGGUAAGCUUCAGCCUUUGCCAAUCCCUCAUAGACCCUGGUCCCACAUAAAUAGUAAUAUAAUAAUAACAUGCCAUUUAGCAGACGCUUUUAUCCAAAGCGACUUACAGUCAUGCGUGCAUACAUUUUUGUGCAUGGGUGGUCCCGGGGAUCGAACCCACUACCUUGGCGUUACAAGCGCCGUGCUCUACCAGCUGAGCUACAGAGGACCACAUAAAGUUAACGUCGGAAGUUUACAUACACUUAGGUUGGAGUCAUUAAAACUCAUUUUUCAACCACUCCACAAAUUUCUUGUUAACAAACUAUAGUUUUGGCAAGACGGUUAGGACAUCGACUUUGUGCAUGACACAAGUAAUUUUUUCCAACAAUUGUUUACAGACAGAUUAUUUCACUUAUAAUUCACUGUAUUACAAUUCCAGUGGGUCAGAAGUUUACAUACACUAAGUUGACUGUGCGUUUAAACAGCUUGGAAAAUUCCAGAAAAUGAUGUCAUGGCUUUAGAAGCUUCUGAUGGGCUAAUUGACAUAACUGGGUCAAUUAGAGGUGUACCUGUGGAUGUAUUUCAAGGCCUACCUUCAAACUCAGUGCCUCUUUGCUUGACAUCAUGGGAAAAUCAAAAGAAGUCUGCCAAGACCUCAGAAAAAGAAUUGUAGACAUCCACAAGUCUGGUUCAUCCUUGGGAGCAAUUUCCAAAUGCCUGAAGGUAUCUCGUUCAUCUGUACAAACAAUAGUAUGCAAGUAUAAACACCAUGGGACCACGCAGCCGUCAUACCGCUCAGGAAGGAGACGCGUUCUGUCUCCUAGAGAUGAACGUACUUUGGUGCGAAAAGUGCAAAUCAAUCCCAGAACAACAGCAAAGGACCUUGUGAAGAUGCUGGAGGAAACCGGUACAAAAGUAUCAAUAUCCACAUUCAAUCGAGUCCUAUAUCGACAUAACCUGAAAGGCCUCUCAGCAAGGAACAAGCCACUGCUCCAAAACCGCCAUAAAAAAGCCUGACUUCGGUUUGCAACUGCACAUGGGGACAAAGAUCAUACUUUUUGGAGAAAUGUCCUCUGGUCUGAUGAAACAUAAAUAGAACUGUUUGGCCAUAAUGACCAUUGUUAUGUUUGGAGGAAAAAGGGUGUUCCUUGCAAGCCGGAGAACACCAUCCCAACCGUGAAGCACGGGGGUGGCAGCAUCAUGCUGUGGGGGUGCUUUCCUGCAGGAGGGACUGGUGCACUUCACAAAAUAGAUGGCUUCAUGAGGAAGGAAAAUUAUGUGGAUAUAUUGAAGCAACAUCUCAGGACAUCAGUCAGGAAGUUAAAACUUGGUCGCAAAUGGGUAUUCCAAAUGGACAAUGACCCCAAGAAUACUUCCAAAGUUGUGGCAAAAUGGCUUAAGGGCAACAAAACCAAGGUAUUGGAGUGGCCAUCACAAAGCCCUGAUCUCAAUCCUAUAGAAAAUGUGUGCGCAGAACAAAAAAUGUGUGUGCGAGCAAGGAGGCCUACAAACCUGACUCAGUUACACCAGCUCUGUCAGGAGGAAUUGGCAAAAAUUCACCCAACUUAUUGUGGGAAGCUUGUGGAAGGCUACCCGAAACGUUUGACCCAAGUUAAACAAUUUAAAGGCAAUGCUACCAAAUACUAAUUGAUUGUGUGUAAACUUCUGACCCACGGGGAAUGUGAUGAAAGAAAUAAAAGCAGAAAUAAAAAAUUCUCUCUACUAUUAUUCUGAUAUUUCACAUUCUUAAAAGAAAGUGGUGAUCCUAACUGGCCUAAGACAGGGAAUUUUUACUAGGAUUUAAUGUCAGGAAUUGUGAAAAACUGAGUUUAAAUGUAUUUGGCUAAGGUGUAUGUAAACUUCCGACUUCAACUGUAUAUUUUCCCUGCAUCUCCACAUCAACUGAAAAAUAAAACUGUUAUUUUAGGGAAAUAUGUUCCCUUCUUCAGGAAAUAAGACUUUAUAUUGUCUGCAUGUUCCUGUUGUGAUGUAACAUGAUCACUGAUACUAGUCUGAAUAGAUACAGAAUGAAGAACAUUCGUAGUGUUGUUUUGCUUUCUUAGAGGAUUAAGGGCAGUAAUUGUCUUCUUCUUAUCCGUUGGUUUUUGUCAACAGCAUACAUUUUGAGAUAAUACCAAUAGAGGGCAUUUAUGAGCUGAAUUAUCUCUAUUUAGAACCAGCAAAAUCAUGAAGAUUACAUUUAGCAGCAAUCCAAUCCAGAAAUCCAAUCCAGAAAUCCAGUUAAUACUAAUAAUCUCUACCUGUUCUGGUACAAGCAUGAAGUAAAGUUCAUGCUGGGACGUUUUUCUUUUGGAAGUACAAAUGUCACUGAGUUCAAGGAGAUUUUUGAUGCCCAUCUCAACACAGACUCCAAAUCAGACGAUCCAGAGGGUGCCGCUGUGUACUACUGUGCUCUGAAGCCCACUGUGAUAACAGGAUAUACAGCCUCCUUACAAAAUCAUACUGAUCUACAAGAUGACAAUACACCUGUCUGGACAGUAUACAACACCACUUUGAAAUUGACACAGUAACCUUCUCACUACCGCCCUGAUACCAAGACUAGUGGUAGCAGAUGAUGAUAAUCAUAGUCUCUCAACUGCACAUAUAACACCAGUUUAUCAGCUCCAUUUCUCUUCUGGUACAUUCAAUCCACAAACGAUUACCCUGAAUAUGUUGAAAGGAUGUCAUUGGACCAGGGGAUUUUGAUGAUGAAUUCAAGAAGAGAUUUGAUGCCCAUCUCAGUUCCAUUACCAAAUCAGUCCCCUUGACGAUCCAGAGGUUGCAGCUGCUGUGUACUACUGUGCUCUGAGGCCACCGUGACAACAGGAUAUACAGCCCCCCUACAAAAACAAGUGUAUCCUUGGCACUAAUGAAGAAAAAACGCAAGCCUUACUUCUGUGGUGGGUGUGACGUAACCAGGGCUGUACACCUCAAACAGUGACACACAAAAGAACAUUUCAGAGGAGAGUGAAUGCAUGCAAACAUCAGCCUGAAGAUGGAGAAAUCAAUCAGCGUAUUGAUCAUUCUGAUUAUGGCUACAGGUAAACAAUACCUAAACAUUUGAAUUCCUUGCAUCCUUAUAAUCAGAUUAUUAUUAUGGUAUUGGUUGGAAAUGUUUUUUGAUGAAGUGAAAUAAUUUAAAUAUGAAUAAUAAGCAUGCGUUUUCAAUCAGCUUUAUUAUCUAUUUAUCUGCAGGUGUCACGCCCUGGCUCUGGGGACUCUUAAAUGUUGAGCCAGGGUGUGUAGUUUCUAUGUUAAGUUUUCUAUGUUUAGGUUCUAGAUCGUUUAGAUCUAUGUUGGCCAGGAUGGUUCCCAAUCAGAGGCAGCUGUAGCUCGUUGUCUCUGAUUGGAGACCAUACUUAGGCAGCCUGUUUGGCACCAGUCUGUGUGGGAUCUUGUUCCGUAUAGGUAUGUUAUUAGUCUACCUUGGACUUCAUGUAUCGUUUGUUUGUUGUUUUGUUCGUGUUCAGUUCUUGAAUAAAUAUGUACGCUUAUCACGCUGCGCCUUGGUCCGUCUCAUCCGUAAACGAUCGUGACAGAAGAUCCCACCAAAUGAGGACCUAGCAGCGUGCCCAGGAAGAGAGAAUAGCGAUGUCUCAGGUGGGCAAAUGGUGGUCAUGGGAGGAGAUAUUCGCGGGGAAAGGGCCAUGGGCGAAGGUAAAUGCCGAGGCAGGAGAGGAGAAACGGCGCCAAACGUGCCGACGACGGACACCCGAGAGGCAACCCCAAGAUUUUUUUUUGGGGGGGGGCACACGGCGUGGACGACGAGGCAGCAGGAGGCAGCAACAGGGCGAAUCUGCAGACUAGGAGAGGAGGUCACCAGGUUACGGGGGCUAUUGGUCAAGAGGGAGCAGGAGUUAAUUGGUCAGAGGGAGGAGCUACAGGAGGCGAUAAGGGAGAAGGAGAGUGUAGAGGCACGGCGAGAGGAGCUGGUUAGGCAGCAGAAGGAGAGGGGGUUUAUAAGGGAACCCAGUCCCGCUCCUCGCACCAAGCAAGUGGUGUGUGUCGCCAGUCCGGUCCGGCCCGUUCCUGAUCCCCGCACUAAGCCAGUGGUACGUGUUCCCAGUACGGCCCGACCCAUUCCUGCUUCCCGCACAAGGCCAGUGGUGUGUGUUCCCAGUACAGUCCGGCCCGUUCCUGCUCCCCGCACCAAGCCAGUGGUGCGGGUUCCCAGUCCGGCCCAGCCCGUUCCCGCUCCCCGCACCAACCCAGUGGUGCGUGUUCCCAGUCCGGCCCGGCCCGUUCCUGCUCCCCGCACCAAGCCAGUGGUGCGCGUCGUCAGCCCGGUCCGGCCCGUUCCUGCUCUCCGCACCAAGCCAGUGGUGCGCGUCGUCAGCCCGGUCCGGCCCGUUCCUGCUCUCCGCACCAAGCCAGUGGUGUGCGUCGCCAGCCCUGUCCGGCUUGUUCCUGUCCCUCGCGCCAAGCCAGUGGUGCGCGUUGCCAGUCCGGUACGGCCCGUUCCUGCUCCCCGCAACAAGCCAGUGGUGCGCGUCGUCAGCCCGGUCGUGCGCGUCGUCAGCCCGGUCCGGCCCGUUCCUGCUCCCCGCACCAAGCCAGUGGUGCUCGUCGUCAGCCCGGUCCGGCCCGUUCCUGCUCCCCGCACCAAGCCAGUGGUGCGCGUCGUCAGCCCGGUCCGGUCCAUUCCUGCUCCCCGCACCAAGCCAGUGGUGCGUGUGUCCAGUCCGGCAUGGCCCGUGCCUGUUCCACCGGUGCCUGGUCCGGCACCGGUCAGCUGCUCCACUCCGGAGCCAGAGCAAUCCGCUCCACCGGGGUCCGGUCCUACUCCAGCCAGUGGACCAGGGGCACAACAGGGAGGUGGGGAGAAAGUGGUGGUCACGCCCGGAGCCGGAUCCGCCUCCGAGGUGGAAUGCCCACCCGGCCCCUACAAUGUCAUGUUUAUGUGGCGCGGUCGGAGUCCGCACCUUUGGGGGGGGGGUACUUUCACGCCCUGGCUCUGGGGACUAUUGAAUGUUGAGCCAGGGUGUGUAGUUUCUAUGUUAAGUUUUCUAUGUUUAGGUUCUAGAUCGUUUAGAUCUAUGUUGGCCAGGGUGGUUCCCAAUCAGAGGCAGCUGUAGCUCGUUGUCUCUGAUUGGGGACCAUACUUAGGCAGCCUGUUUGGCACCAGUCUGUGUGGGAUCUUGUUCCGUAUAGGUAUGUUAUUAGUCUACCUUGGACUUCACGUAUCGUUUAUUUUGUUGUUUUGUUCGUGUUCAGUUCUUGAAUAAAUAUGUACGCUUAUCACGCUGCGCCUUGGUCCGUCUCAUCCGUAAACGAUCCUGACAGCAGGAAUGGUAUCUGGAGAUAGUGUGACUCCUGACAAGGAGGAGUACACCCCCACUGAGGGAUCAUCAGUGACUCUGAGCUGUACAUAUAACUCAAGCAGCGUUUAUGUUUACCUUUACUGGUACCGGCAUUAUUCUAACCAGGCUCCUCAGUUUCUACUGAAUAAAGGUGCCAGAUCAAGAACCAGUGAACAUAUCCCUGAUAAGAGAUAUACAUCCAAAACGUCCUAUAAAUCAACUGAACUGAUCAUACAACAGCUAACCCUGGCCAUACAACAGCUAACCCUGGCAGACACAGCGCUCUACUAUUCUGCUCUUGACUCAACACUGUGAGUCCCGUGUAGCUCAGUUGGUAGAGCAUGGCGUUUGCAACGCCAGGGUUGUGGGUUCGAUUCCCACGGGGGACCAGUACGAAAAUGUAUGCACUUACUAACUGUAAGUCACUCUGGAUAAGAGCGUCUGCUAAAUGACUAAAAAUGUAAAAAAAAAAAAAAAAAAAAUGUGAUACAAAGUCUAUAAGACACUGUACAAAAACCUGCAAACCAAAAAUGCUGUGUUGCUGUGUGAAACAUAAUUAAAUAUCAAACCACAAUGUGAUAUCAUAAUGGCAGAGGUUGAGAUCAGAGAAGUGUGGUCACACCUGUGCUGUAUGCAAUCACCAGGUUGUCUUGUGUUUCUCUGUCUUCAUAUUCAAUGAACUGUGAGAAAGAUGAAUUUGUCACUCUUCUUGUCUUCAAUUUCAGUUAGAAAAUGGUUGGAAAAGCAUUUGGGAAUAUGACAAAGUACAACAAUGUUAUUGUUUGUAGUUACUCCUCACAAUUCACACAGUUUGGGCUGUAGUGGAACAGGUUGAGAGCUUCAAGUUCCUUGUUGUCCACAUCACCAACAAACUAUCAUGGUCCAAACACACCAAAACUGUCAUGAAGAGGGCACGACAAAGCCUAUUCCCCCUAAGGAGACUGAAAAGAUUUGGCAUGGGUCCUCAGAUUCUCAAAAAGUUAUACAGCUGCACCAUCGAGAGGAUCCUCAUUGGUUGCAUCACUGCCUGGUAUGGCAACUGCUGGCCUCCGACCACAAGGCACUACAGAGUGUAGUGCGUACGGCCCAGUACAUCACUGGGGCCAAGCUUCCUGCCAUCCAGGACCUAUAUACCAGGCAGUGUCAGAGGAAGGCCCUAAAAAUGGUCAAAGUCUCCAGCCCCCCGGUACCGGAGCGCGAAGUCUAGGUCCAAAAGGCUUCUUAACAGCUUCUACCCCUAAGCCAUAAGACUCCUGAACAGCUAAUCAUGGCUACCCAGACUAUUUGCAUUGUCCCCCCCACCCCACCCCACCCCAUCAUUUACGCUGCUGAUGCUCUGUUUAUUAUCUAUGCAUUGUCACUUUAACUGUACCCACAUGUACAUAUUACCUCAAUUACCUCGACUAACCAGUGCCCCCGCACAUUGACUCUGUACUGGUACUUCCUGUAUAUAACCUCCGUACUGUUAUUUUAUUUUACUGUGCUCUUUAUUUAUUUUUUACUCAUCAAAUUUUUACUUAACACUUUUUUUCUUAAAACUGCAUUGUUGGUUAAGCAUUUCACUGUAAGGUCUAUACCUGUUGUAUUCGGCGCAUGUGGCAAAUAAAAUUGAUUUGAUUUGAUUUUGGUGGUGUAGUAUGAAAGUCAACCUGAAGGGGUCAACUUAACAAAGCACACACACCCCUGAAUCAGAGGAUGCCAUACAGACAAACACAUCCCAUGGUCUACUACUGCAUGUAAUACAGAACAACAUGAAGCAUCAACAGUAGGACAGAGGGUGUCAACGCUCUGUGAUAGAUAGAUCAGCAUUGUUCUGCUCCUUACCUUUUACACUUCAAACUGACUGACUAGUCAUGAGAAAUUGGCUGAUCCUGCAUGUUCUGGCUGCAUGCUGCUUUGGUAUAACAUCACUUUGUUCAUCUGUCUCGUUCUGUGCAUUUGUUCAUUUUAUUUAGAUACAUUAUGAUUAUAUGUUGUGAAGAUAUAUUUCUCUUUAUUUUUCAGGGUGCAGAGCAUAAGACAAUGUAA